GUCUGGUUACCCCCCCCCCCCCCCCGACGUACAGACAGACCAGUAGCCUGGUCUGCCCACCCCCCUCCUGUUUAGCCUUUCUCCACCAUCCGCCCAAGUGCUUGGGUACACGGAGAAACCCAAUACUUGGGAGGAUGGGUCAUAUGGCCAAAUUGAGCUGGGGAGGGGGGGGGGAGAGAGUGGAUGGUCAGUGUCUGUUCUCCAUGUUAGGGUCGGCUUAUUAUCCCUUCUGUCCUGGCAUCCCACGGGACAUUAAGAAAGGAUGCGUAGGCCCUCCGACGACACAAGAGGUUAGGGGAGAGGCCUAGCAAGCCAUGCCUGGAAAAAACAAAAAAAGCAACGAACAGCAGAUAAUACCGUACCGGACCAAUCAAUACAGACCACCGAAUGGAAAAAGGACUUACGAUUUGAGGCUCGGAACCUGAAAUUGCAGAUCCCUUACAUCUGACGGAAGCACCGUCAUCUGAGGGAAGCACCCGAAACCUGUUCGAUGAGGUCCAGGCCCGCGGUUUCGAGAUAGUAGCACUAGGAUAGGAGGCGCGCUGGAAGAGUACAAUGGUGCGCCAGUACCGUGCCAACUGCACAAUCUACCAAAGUGGUGGAGAAACGCGUUGGCUCGAUACCGCGUUCAUGGUGCUAGGUGCUAUGCAACAGCGAGUGAUUGGAUGGUGGCCAGUCAACGAACUAAUGUGCAGGUUGAGGAUUCGUGGCAGGUUCUUUAAACGGAGCAUCGUAAAUGUGCACAGUCCGCAACUUGGGAGCACCGAUGACGAGAAGGUGCUCUUCUUUACGCAACUGUAGAGGGAAUACGGCCGCUGCCCACAACACGACUUCAAAAGUGUCAUCGGGGACUUUAAUGCUCAGGUCAGACGGGAGGAGGCAUUCAAACCGACGAUAGGAAGCUUCAGCGCCCCCAGCUGACAAACGAAAACGGCCUCAGGCUUAUCGAUUUUGCCUCCUCCAAGCAUAUGAGCAUUCGCAGCACCUUCCAUCCGGACAUCCGCUCGUUUUACAGGAGGUUGAAAGAGGCACGGAGUGGAUUUGCUCCUAAAACCGCGAUGUGCCGGGACGCAGACGGAAAUCUCCUGACAGACGAGCGAAAGGUAAUCGAACGUUGGAAGUGCUACUUCGUAGGGCACCUGAACGGAGCAGAGACAGGAGAGGUUGGUACAAGUAGCAGAACAAGCCAACAGCAGCAGCAACACAGCAACAAAAUCAGUGACAGCAAUAGUGCAGAAGACGAAGUGCCUCCGCCAUCUCUGGAUGAGAUUACCAGCGCCAUCAUCCAGCAUAAAAGCAACAAGGCCACUGGUAGUGAUGGGCUGGCGGCCGAGCACUGGAAGAAGGGACCCGAGAGGCUUACCGUCGAAAUGCACCAGCUGAUCACGAGAAUCUGGGAACAGGAAGAAUUACGGGACCAGUGGAAGCUGGGCGUCAUUCAUCCAGUCUACAAAAAGGGCGACAGAUUGGAAUGCUCGAGCUAUCGUGCUAUUUCAGUCCUCAAUGCCGCCAAUAAGAUCCUGUCCCAGAUCUUGUUCCUCAGACUUGCCCCCCUUGCUACGGAUUUCGUCGGAAGCAACCAAGCUGGGUUUGUUGGAGAUAAAUCCUUCUUCUUCUUCCUUGGCACUACAACCUCGAGAGGGUUCGGCCUGCCAUUUCUGGCUUUCUGUGACUUAUUUUUGCCCGUAGUAAAGUAGUCAGCCUUACGUACGAGGAGGCGGUCUGGAUGGGAUUUGAACGCCGGCCCUGCCGUAUGAAGACCGGCACCGCUGUCGCCUCGGCCAUCAGACCGCCCCAAUCCACCACCAAGUGCCGAGAGCGCCAGAUCCCUACGUACCACCUCUUCAUCGACUUCAAAGCGGCCUACGAUACCAUAGAUAGGAAUGAGCUACGGAACAUCAUGCAGCGGCACCACUUUCCUGGAAAGUUGAUCCGGCUGUUAAGGGCCACCAUGAACGGGGUGCAGAACAGAGUGAGAUAAUCGAACAUGCUGUCGGAGUCGUUCGAAACUCACAGGGGUCUAAAGCAAGGGGACGGGCUAUCCUGUCUACUGUUCAAUAUAGCAUUGGAAGGUGUCAUACGAGGCGAGGGGCUAGACAACGACAUCCGUGGCAUGAGUCUCUAUCGGUCUCUCCAAUUUCUUGGCUUCACGGACGACAAAGAUAUCGUUGGCAAGAUGACAGCGAAAGUGUGUGAGACGUACACCCGAAUGAAACGUGAAGCAGCAAGAAUUGGACUGAUGACCAAUGCGACGAAGACGAAAUACCUGCUUGCCGGAGGCUCCGAUCGUGAUAGAGCUCGAGUGAGGAGCAGCGUGUUAGUCGACGGUGACAACCUCGAGGUGGUAGAGAAGUUCUGCUAUCGUGAGACUGCCGUUACUUCGGAUAACGAUGUCAGCAGCAAAAUCCGGAGACGCAUUGUGCUGGGGAAUCGUGCCUACUACGGCCUUCACCGUCUGCUGAAAUCCUGAAGACUUCGAAACCGCACGAAAUGUGACAUCUAUCACACACUGAUUCUCCCGGUGGUCCUAUAUGGCCACGAGUCUUGGACGAUCCGAGCGGAGGAUACAAAUGCUCUGGGCGUGUUCGAGCGACGCAUCCUCCGGACCAACUUAGGUGGUGUGUUCGAGCAUGGAGUGUGGAGGAGAAGAAUGAACCACGAGCUUGCUGAGCUAUAAGGCGAACCGGACAUCCUGACCGGCAGGAUACGAUGGCUGGGGCAUGUUAUGAGGAUGCCGAACUCAUGCCCGCCCAGAAAGGUAUUCGUCAGCGGCCCUCAGUUCGGCACGAGGCGUCGGGGAGCACAGCGAGUUCGUUGGCUGGAUCAGGUGAAGGUAUACCUAACAAUACGGGGGGGGGGGGGG